AUGGACAUCAAGACCCUGAAGCUCGAGCACCUCCUUCGGCUCCCUGGCGCCGAACCCCCUGGCUCCGUAGUAGCCGAUGCAUCGACGCUUUCCUGUGGAUGUGUUGUUUCUGAGUCUCAAUUCCUCGCCUCCGGCACAACCCACUGUCCAGUGUGUGCCAGUGAAAGUGUCCUACUAAAACCGAUCGAGCCGCUUCGAGAACUUUACAAGCUUGUGGCACAGAUUGAAACCCGAAGAGGAUCUUCUCUGCGACGCAGCACCCGUCAUGCUUCCGUGGAUCUGGUUGCAAGCCUGCAGCAGCAGCAGCAGCAGCAGCAACAGGCAGAGCUGAUGGACUUGGGAAGUCUUUUCUGCAAAUUGGCCAAAGAGGAGAACGAGACGCCUAAGGGCAGGGGCCCUGAGCAGGAGGUUCUGAACUCUCCAAAUAAGGAAAAGAAGAAGGUGGUACAGCCUGAACUCGAGCUGAUUCAGGUCGGGCCGUUGGUUCCGGAUCGCAGUACUGAGGAUGACUUGGACAUGCUUCUGGGGUUGAAUGAGCAGGAAGAGUACAACUUCUCGCAGUGUUUCCCGUUCCACCGGAAACUCACGUCGUUUCAAGCUCCGUCAAGCAAGUUCAGCAAGUUCUCGCUCAGACCUUCCAUAAAGCUGACCAGGUACAAUGCCUCGUCUCUAUGUACGAGGUACGAUAAGGCUACAGGGGAGGAAAUCACCACUUUGUCUUGA